CAGGGCCUAUCUGCCGUUCAUCCUAAAACUGUUAGCUCUCAUGUGAGGUAAGUUACAUGUGCAUUCGAAUUUUCUGUGCUGUAAGACUGUCAAGCAACGUUCAACGUGUGCAGUCAAUAUGAGUCAAGGCUUUACAUAGCCUAUAUAUCCUCGCAACGAUUUGUUUCUGACUCGGACAAGUCGGUUAUCGCUUACUGCUGCUCAGCUCUCAUGUCCAGCCAAAGUCGAGUUGCCAGUGAAUACUCACAGUCAUUGCCAGCGGCACAGCUACACCGUGACACUGCCCCGAAUGAGAGCUUUUUCGACCAAUUUCCACACAAGUGGGAUGCUCCAGAAUCCUUUAUCCCGCGGCAUAUCUUUAAAAUAUGCUGCCUCAUAUUCACCUGGCACGACGAUCUGCACUGGUUGCACAACCUCUUGAAAGAAGGAAACACCUGGGAAGAGCUGCAUCGUCAAUAUCUGACCCAGGUCGAUAAAGUGACCAUCGUGCAAGGACUCGUGCUUACCACUGCGGCGGUUUUUAUCUCCUCAAAUCCACCGCUUGUGAAAGAAGUCAACUACUCGUCUUCUGCAUCUUACGCCUGUAUGGCAGAGUCGCUCGUCUUUUCGUUGUUUGGGCUAUUGUUCCAACUGAAAGCAUCUGCUUCUGGAUUCCUUUUUCAAAAGCGGAGUGCUGCAGAGAUCAUAAUUGAGAGACGCUGGAGAAUAUUCUGGCACCUCCUAGGUUUGGCAGUGCCAAUCAUUAUCUUUAGCAUAUCAGUUGUGCUUUUGCUCAUAGCCAUCGUGCUCACAGGGUUCGCAUCUCACUCCGAAACUGUGAAACUUUAUAUGAGCAUGACAUUUGCUUUCCUUGGCGCUUGUCAUUUGGUAUCGAUUCUGGGUUCACCAUUCUACCACUAUUUAUCGGACCUAUGCAUCCGCCUUGUUUACGCCACGAGUGGUAAACGGGAUUAGUGCUGGAUUCAGAGACUGUUCAAGGGCACUAGCAAGUGUUUUAGUAGCGAUUGAUUACUCCUCUGAUUGCGCAUGCAGUUCCUUCUAGAUAACUCAGAUUCAGUCGCUCCUCUGUACAUA